AUGGCCAAUAUGAGCCUGACUUCGCUGCAGUCGGCGGCACAGCUCAGUCUGCUGCCUCGCUGCAUCGAAGCGCACACGCACACACACACACACGGUGCUGAGUGCCGACAGAAUUACUAAUGUUUUAUAUUUGGACAUUUUCCAGGGUUAGAUCGCUAGGCGUUGCCUGAUACCGUAUGAAGUGCACGUCGAAUAUAAUCCUUCAGCAGCUGUUGUGAGAUGUUCUGCAUUUGCCAUGGCAAGAGGUCUGAUUCCAUGGGGGUUCUUCAGAAAGCCUCUGUACAUCCAGGCCAGAUUCUCUUACCUACAUAUGAAGUACCUGUUCUUUUCGUGGCUGGCAGUGUUUGUGGGGAGCUGGAUAGUGUAUGUGGAGUACUCCUCCUACACAGAGCUAUGUCGUGGGCACGACUGCAAAAAUUCAAUUUGUGACAAAUACAGAAAAGGAGUCAUUGAUGGCUCGGCCUGCAGCAGCCUGUGUGAGAAAGAUACUCUUUACCUGGGGAAGUGCUUCACUGCCAAACCCAACAGUCAGGUUUACUCAGGGAGCUGGGGAGACCUGGAGGGGGUCAUCAAAUGCCAGAUGGAGGAGGCUCCUCAUUAUGAUUUGGGAAAUGAGAUGGAGCCCAGGAAGGAGGCUGUGGCCUUCAACAAGCCCACCAAGGGGACCUCAGUGGAAAAAUUCAGGGAGAUGAUUCUCAACCACCUGAAAGCUAAAGUGGGGGAUCAGGCCAACCUCGCAGACCUGGCAACCCAAGUAUUGUCCAUUGCAGAUGCCAAUAAGGACGGUCACAUCUCACUGCCCGAGGCUCGCUCCACGUGGGCUCUGCUGCAACUCAAUGAGUUCCUGUUAGCAUUAGUCCUACAAGACAGAGAGCACACGCCCAAGUUACUGGGCUUCUGUGGAGACCUGUAUGUGAUGGAGAAGGUGCCAUACUCUCCCCUUUACGGGAUCAGUCUACCCUGGAUCAUUGAGGUGUGGAUUCCCACAGGCCUGCGCCGCAGCAUGGACCAGUGGUUCACCCCCUCCUGGCCACACAAGGCCAAGAUCUCCAUUGGACUGCUGGAACUUGUUGAGGAUGUUUUCCACGGCACUUUUGGCAGCUUCCUCAUGUGCGAUGUCAGCGCCACCAGUUUUGGCUACAACGACCGCCAUGACCUGAAGGUGAUGGACGCGCGGUACAUUGUUCCUGAAGCCAUCUUCCAAGAGGACAUUAGGCAGCAGCGCUGUGAUGUGGAUGAGGACUGUGUGUACGGGGCUGACUGCCUCACUUCCUGUGACCUCACCAAGCACCGCUGCACACCUGAGGUGUCCAGGCCAAACUUAGCCAAAGCCUGUGAAGCACUCAAGGACUAUAUUCUGAGGGGAGCACCAUCUGAUGUGAGUGAGGAGCUUGAGAAACAGCUGUAUGCCUGCAUUGCACUGAAAGGUUCGACAGAACAGAUGGAAAUCGAACACUCACUGAUUCUUAACAAUCUUAAGACAUUGCUAUGGAAGAAAAUCUCUCAUACAAAAGACUCCUAAUAAAUAAGCAGGCACUGCACACAGGCACGAAGACCGAUUCCUGUCCCAUAAAGGUUUUAAAUAAAAUAAUGGUCAUUUUCACUGUGAAAACAGUAACAAUCCUCUGGUAUUUCAUUUUUAAUGUAUAACUGAUGUAUUUUAUGGAGUUAAAUGUCAUGGAAUGUCACUUUAUUAAAUAAUGUAAUAAGAAGGUAACUUUAUUAAUGUACUUAAAUAAAAUGAAAGUGCAAUUUUUUGAAACCAUGACAAUGAUAAAUAAAUUUGACUAAGAUUCAUAUGUCUGAAUAGUGAG